AUGAAAUAAAUUCCCUGUUUGAAACAUGAAGGCUCAUAUUUGUUGUUUAUAAAAUCAGAUAUAUAAAAAUCUGAGUAUGUUUGUGAGGAAUGUUGUAUGGAUAUGGAAAAAUAAAACAUAAAAGUUGAAUUAUCUAAAUUAAUUCAUAUCAAGAAUGCAUUAAAAUCACCAGAAUUUUUGCUUUCAAAAUUAAAUUCAUCAGCUUAUCUGUCAGGCUUUUUCGCAGAAUUAGAUAGAUAUAAUGAAAAAACCAUGACUAAUAUUCUUAACGGUUUUAAAGUCAAAGUUUUAAACAUAUAAAGUGCUCUUUAAGAAGUUUAUAAGGAAUUGGAAUCGCAUACAAAAUGCUUUCUUGAAAUGAAAUACAAAAUUAGGGAAGAAUUAAAAAAAAUUAUCAAUUUUGAUUAAUUUAUAUAAUUUACAGUAAAUCUUGAGUAAUUAGGAGAUUCUAUCAAUCCAAAAGCUAUAGAAUAAAAUGAAAAGAUUCUGCAUUAGUAUAUCCAAGAGCUUACAAAAAAUGAGUGUCGAGAACUUAAUAAAACUUUAGUUGAUAUGUUAGGUAAAAUAUUACGACAACCAAAAGAUCUGAAAGAUGAAUAAUAUCCUUAAUAUCUAAAAUUUGAAGAAGAAUUUAAAACUUUUAACACAAGCCAAAUAGAAUUUGCAAAAUAAAUUAAUUUAGGAAAUUUUAAUUCAAAUUUUGGUGUAUUGUCUGAUGGAAAAUUGUUAUCGUAACAUUAAAUACAAAAGAUAAUGAAUAUUAUUGAAACUAAAUUGAAAAAAAAAAUAAUAGGAUCCUUUCCUAUAUAUAGAAGCAUUCGAGAUGGAUUAAAUCAAAAAUAUUUUUGGAAUAAAGUGAACAAUUAAUCAAAUUUAUUAAUGAUAUUUAAAUCCAAAAGUGGAUACAUUUUUGGGGGGUUUUCUCCGUGUUAAUGGCAAUAAAAUCUAAAUAAUUAUGUUCAGGAUAAUACAAUGUCAUCAUUCAUAUUUUCAUAGACCCACGAUUAAAUAUAUUAUUUAAAGGAUGCUAAUAAAGCAUAGGCUAUCUAUUGUCAUUAAUCAAAUGGACCUAUUUUCGGAUCUAAUGAUAUGUAGUUGGGUGCGGAUUUUCAAAGUGGUUAAUCUAAUUUAGGGACUUCAUAUUAAUGUGAUUAAUAUUAGACUGCUGCCAAGAACACUCAGUUAUUUGGUUAGACAACCCCAAAUCUUGCAGAAUGUGAGAUUUAUCAAAUAAUUCUAUCUUGA